AUGGUUAUAGAAGAAAAAAUAUGUAUAUUUUUAUUAAUAUACAUAUUGAUAAUUAAAGAAAUAGGAAGCUCAAAUUAUUUAAAAAAUGAUUUUUUAUUUAAAAAUUUAGCAAUAAAUAAAAAAAAUUUAGAUUCAUCUUACUUUUAUAAUUAUGAUAAUUUGAAAUGGGAUGGAAAAGUAAUCGCUAUAGGAGAUAUUCAUGGAGAUAUUGAAGGUUUAAAAUUGAUUUUAAAACAUUCUAAUUUAAUAGAUGAAAAUGAUGAAUGGAGUGGAGAAAAUGUUUUAUUAAUACAAGUGGGAGAUAUUUUAGAUAGAGGAAUAUAUGGUCCACUUAUUUAUGACUAUUUGUUUCAAUUACAAAAAAAAGCAAUUAUAAAAAAUAGUAAAAUUAUUUUAAUAUUAGGAAAUCACGAACAACUAAAUUUGUGUGGAUAUUUUGAUUAUGUCAAUGAAAAAGAAAUACAGUUAUUUUUUGAAAAUAAUUAUGAUUACAGAUUAUUUAGUUUUAAUAAUAAAAAAGGAAAUUACUUUAAGAAAUUAAUUAAGCUACCUUCUAUAGUAAAAGUAAACAAUGCUAUAUUUACUCACGCAGGGAUUAGCAAAAAAAUGUCUCAAUUUAGUAUAAAUUUAAUAAAUUUAAAAACAAGACUACAAAUAGAGAAUAAAUGUAAGAUGCUGAAAUAUGACAAUUAUAAUUAUUUAAAUAAUGAUAGUGUAUUAUGGAAUGAUGAUAUUUCUUAUAAAGUAAAGUUUAAUCAUCAUGAGGGAUGUCAUGAAUUAUUUGAAAUAUUAAAAAAAUAUAAUGCAAAUUAUUUAAUUGUUGGUCACACUAAACAAAUAUCACAUGAAAUUGGUUCUUUUUGUGAUAAAAAAUAUUUUCUAAUAGAUACAGGUAUGAGUUUAUUUAUGAAUAACGAUCAAUCACAUCCAAAUUAUCUUAUUAUAGAAAAAGGGAAAUUUAAAUCUAUUCACUUAGUUAUAGAACAUAGAAAUAAAAAAAAUAAAAAAGAAUGUUCUAGAGAGAUUCAAUUACAUAGUCCUCGUGAGAAAAAACUAUGUAUAUAUGUAAAACAAACAGAUUUUUAG